ACCGGGCGCAUGCAGUGCGGCGACGUGGGGUGGGUGCCUGCCCUUCGCUGCGUCCCAAAGCGAUAAGGGGAUGCCGGGGCUGAGGUUGCUGCUGGCGCGCGUCGAUUCCGGUGGGGGCCCAAAUCUUCCCGCCGUCGAACGCCGCGCCGCCACGUUGGCUCAAGCCUCGCUUGGUGCCCUGCCCGCCCUGGUCGGGUUCGGCUGGCCGGGGACCCCCUCGCCGGCGGCGUCACAUCGGCACAUCGCCACCACAAAAUCGGGUCGCCGUCGUGAGUGGCAUGCAGGCAGACGCCGUCGCCAUGGCGUCCCUUACCACCGCGCUCCUCCCCCGUGCCGGCGUGCCCCUCCUCCGCGCGCCAUCCGUGUUCCGCAUCGCCGCCUCUUCGUCGGGCUCGGGGAGCAAGAAGAAGAGCAAGAAGCCCAAGAGCGGCAGCAAGGGCAAGGACACCAAGGCGCUGGAGCCUCCGGCGCCCGUAGUCCGCCGCGCGCCGGCGGGAAGCGCGUCCAUCUUCCAGCAGCAGCAGGAGGCAGCGUCCAAGUCCGGAGGCGCCGAUGGGAAGGGGCCCACGGAGGAGGAGCUGCGGCAGCGGCAGGCCAACGAGAACGCCUUCCUCCUCGCCUGGCUGGGACUCGGCAUCAUCAUCCUUGUCGAGGGCAUCGCGCUCGCCGCCUCCGGUUUUCUUCCAGAGGAAUAUGACAGCUUCUUUGUCAAGUACCUUUAUCCAUCGUUCACUCCAACAGUUGUUCUAUUUUUGGCUGGUACGGUUGGAUAUGGUGUCCUCAAAUACUUUGAAAGUGAGAAAAGCAAAAGCUAGAUGAUAGCAUGAAGCAUGUUUGGAGCAAAGAUGAGGGUAGAGUUAGCAAAAAUGCUUGUUAUGUAUGAAGUAGCUUAGGAGAUAGGUGCCAGAGAACAGGCUGGUGUGUUUUAGUUUUUCCCUUGUAUCCUGCAUCCCAAAUUCCUAAUUUUUCUUUUUAUACUUUCCAGAAUCUGUAUUAAGUUGAGUUGUAUAUCGGUUUUUGACGAUUAAUUGGCUUGUUGAGAAUAUUUUGACUACACAUAUUGCAUGGUAGAUUGCUGUCAGAGUUUAUCAUGAA